UUUCAUUCAAACAAGUUUGAAUCGUGAAUUCUAAUUAAAAAUUGUCGCAAUCUUUCAGAAAAUAUUGUUUAUAUAUUUCUAUUGUAUACAAAAUAUAUACAAAGAUCGAUCACGUAUAAAUAAAACGAUAUUGAAAUUUGAUAAACUGAUAAAAAAAUAUUUGAAGUCGUUAAAUAAUUUUAUGUAUAUUUCGAACAUACAUUACUGCAUAACGUCUUACAUUUUUAAGAAAUUUAAAUUGAAGCUAGAUAACUUGGCAUCUUUGUAUUUUAAAAAUUUCAAGGAACGUUGAAACUAACCUUACUUUUUCUAUUGUAUUAUACGAGAUAAAAUACUCGCUUUGUUACUUUAUUCUUGGUUUUUCUUUAAUGAAUCGCGCAUAGUGAUUUGUUUAAAUUAUAAAAACGUUGAACAAUGGAAACUGUACAAUUAGAAAGUUCGUCCGAAGAUGAUAAUGACAUAUACUUAAACCCUGUUGCAAAAUUGAAAGCCCUGAAAAAACAAACAUCGCAUUUCAACAAAGAAAAGGACCAAGAGAAGAAAGAUGAAAAAACAGAAGAAAUUGAAGUUAUAGAAGAUACUCCAACUGUUGAAACGUGUAGGGUGGUUAGAAGAACAAGGAACAAUCGGAAAACCUGUGGUCCUCGAACAAGAAAGCAAAGACAAACAAGAGCUCCAUCAGAACACGACUCAGAUUUAGAAAUUGUUUUUGUGGAAGACAAAUUGAAUUCGUUGGAAAAUGAUUUGAUAAUAGUAGAAAACAAUAUCCACGUUAACUCUAGCGACGAUGAAAACUAUGACAUAGAUAUUAAAAUCCUUUGGCGAUCCAAAAAUGUGCAUCGUUUGAAAAUUCGUUGCAAUGAAAACUUUCGAAAAGUUUUCGAGUAUUUUGCUAAUUUCGAACAAGUUUCUACGGAUGAGAUCUUAAUAACUAAAAACGAUAAAACCAUUAAAAAAGGCGAUACUCCAGCUUCCAUAAAUCUAUCUGUGAUCGAUAUACUUGAAGGAGGUAUUGUCACAAAAGGUAGUAAUACAUUGCAAAAUGACAUGGAAAACAAAGUUGAUGAAGAUACUCGUAUUAUAAAAGUACAGACAAAAAGCAAGAAGUAUCUAACGAUAUCGGUUAUGCGAGAUGAAAAUUUCGAAGCACUUUGGGCAAAAUGUGCACAGGAAUUAAAUAUCGAAGAGUCGAAAAUGAAACUUUACUUUGAUGGAGAAUUAAUUGCAAUGACAGAUACACCAGACUCAUUAGAAAUAGAAGACGAAGCUUGUUUCGAUCUUCAAAUAUCGUCCUAGUUUAGCAUUUUAAUUUUAUUUAUUGAACUAAUGUUAUUUAAAUUAUAAGUAAUUAGUGACAACAUAUUUCCAAACAA